AUGGGUGGCGGGGAACAUUAUCCAGCACCCCGUCACGUUGCCUUUCCAACCUCCCAACCUCCAUCGGAAGAAGUGGACGGGCAGAUACCACGUCAUCAUCAGCCAUGGCUCACCCAGCAGCCAGAGUCCUCUAUCCUUCCCAGUGAGCUCGCAUGGACUGACAUGGGAAUACCUGUGCAGCCCUCCUUGCAACAGGCAUUGAACAAUUGCAGCCCGCCACUGUCACAUCUCGCGGGAGAGGAACAGCACCUCAGAGAUGACCCCAACGCAGGUCACGCAAUCCAGAGAAACCCCUUGGUGUUGCGUCCACGGCAAAAUUCAGAUCAAUCUUCCCGCGAUAUUCCUGAUAUCAAGGAAGAACUACUUACAGCCCCUCAUGACAACCAGGGAACCUUAGAGCGGUGCACCUGCGAUACACAGCCUGUCAACUCUGAGAAAGAGGAUAAAAAGCCCAGGAAACCCAGAAAGCGGCUCGAGGAAAGUGAGCGGCAGCAGACAAGCCGGACGCGAGAGUGUACACCCAACGACAACGACCCAGCAGGGCCCUGUGAGGGAUGUUUAAGGGUUGCACUGAACCAGUCCAAGAAAGUCAGAUAUCACAUCGGCUGCCACCGCUACAAGCUCCAGGAGGUUGUGCUCUUUCGGACCUCGGGGUCGAAAGUCACGGACCGCUGGCAUGGCGCCCAGGUCCGGAACGUGGUGACCCAAGGCCGGGUUCGUUCCGUCCAGAUGUGCCAAGAAGGCAUAGAUGCCCCCUUUAUAUUCGAAGUUCGCAAGUUGCCAAAGGCAAGCCGAGAUAGCUACAACGAUCAGGAUAAACGUGUGUGGUUUACAGGGAUCGGGCUUGACAGAGAGGAAAUCGCCGGCUUCGGGCUUGCCAACGUGCACGAGACUAUACUACGCUACAAGGCCUAUAUCCACAUCAGCGUUCUCGGCAAUGAGAACUGUCAGCCAGCCAUCCAGCCAGCCAUCCAGAAGGUUGCGAACGAGUUUCGUGAGUUGAAUUAUGACGUUGCAGUCGUUGGGGAAGUCUUUCAGAAGGCUUGGUAUUACUUCUGCAGCCUUCCGGAUGACGACCAAGGCCAUGACUUCUAUCCGCCCAUGGGAAAGAAAUUGCCAAUAAUAUCUGAGAAGCAGUUCCUCUUCGGUUUCUUUGAGCUAUGGUUUGCUUUGAGGCAUUCAAUGGGGUGGUCCUGGAUAAAAGAAAAGCUCCCAGGCACAGAGGUAAUCGAACGUUUCCCGCCGCUCAAAGGCGAAUUCGCUACUCCAAGAGUAGUCGUGGGCCAGAUAGACUGCAUCCGCAUUUCUUGCGUCCUAAAGCCGCUUACAAAAUCGCUCCUCAAAGUGCUCAUGAAAUGGAUCGCUGAACGGAAUUACGACUGCUGGAUGAGUAUCUUUUUCGCAACUUUUAUCCUGCUUAGCGAGCUGGCUAAAGCAACAGAGGAUGCGUAUCAUCAUGGCUGGUAUGACAAGGACAUCAAGGGCGAGGGUCCGAAGCAUGUUCACAUCAUCAGAGAUAUCCAUGAGAGCGCUAAUAUCAUCCUUGCGCACUGGCACUAUUACAACUACAGCACGAACCCGCUGGAGUUCUCCUUGAACGACCAGGGCGCAAGGAACAAAACACCUCUGAGAGCACUGACGGCUGAUCAACUCGCUGCUGUCCAAAAACUAUGGGAAGAGAUACAUCAAUGGAGACAGAGACAAAACGAGAACGAGCUCUACGACAACAAGAACGAACAAUGGUGGAGGAAAUGGUGUCAUCCUCUUUAUUUUGCUGAGUCAAUGUUCGACUCGAGCUGGAAGCCACGAGAAGUAUUCUCUGGAUGA